CUGCGGAAGCGACUGAUGGCGGUACGCGAGGAUUUGGCUCGGCGGGGCGGCCUAAGGACUACAAAGAGCAUCGCCACAAAUGCCGCGGUUGAGGGUAUGGUUCGCUACCUCCCAACGUGCUUGUCUCAGCUGCAAGACCUUCCCUUCAAGGAGCUUCACGGGGAAAAGAAGGGACAAAAAUACGGCCAAGUGUUCGUAGACGAGGUUAGAACCUUCCUCUGCGAGAACCGUCUGACCCACCUUCUUAGGGAACAAACCCGGGUGACGCCGCCUCCCCCCGGGGCGUCAUGUAGCAGGCUUCCCCGAGUGGAAGACACCGAUACUGAGGAGUUUAUUUCCAUCGGCGGCACCUUAAGCGCCCCCCAGGGGCCCCUUCGAUCUGUAGAGGCUCAGGCUUGCAGCAAUUAUGACCCCUUCCAGCCUCCCUUAGCUACGCAAGCCUGUGUGUCGCAGAGCAUGUACUUCAGACCUGCCCCCUCUACAGGUGCCCUAGCCGGCGCAAAAAACACCCACCCGAACUCAAACACACAGGGCCAAGUACAGUGGAAUGCACAAGCCUUGUCCACUGUGUCCCAGUACCAGCAGCAGCACUAUACAGCACACUAUCCGCAGGAUCAACAGCAAGAGCCCUCCACUGGGUGUGAGCAGCGCUCCACCUCAGGGCUCGACCCUGAAUUAUGGGACCCCGAGGACUUUGAGUGCCUCGACUUUCUUUAG